GUGAAAGGGAUUGAAGGGGUGAAAGGGAGUGAAGGGAGUGAAGGGGUGAAAGGGAUUGAAGGGAGUGAAGGGGUGAAAGGGGAAGAUAAGCAUGGAGACGCUUGGAUAACAAGAGAGGAUGACCUGAAAGAACAAAUGACACAAAAAAUAAAAGACGAUCGGAAUAAAUCGGUACACAACACACAGCACGCCAUCAAAAUGUUGGAGAAACAGGGAUUGACCGCAUCACAAACAGAGGAGCACACACUGAGGGAUGAAACGGUGCAAAGAAUAGCAGCGGAGGAGCAGCAGGAGAAAGCAAAGGAGGAAAUGGAACGAAUGGUUGGGAAGAAGGUGGAAAUGUUAAGAAAGAAAAUGAUUAGUGAGAUGGAAGAAACGAUGAAGAGAGAUAAAGAAGAAAUGAUGAGACGGGUAGAGGAGGAGAGGCUCGGCUUGGAAGUGAAAUUGAAAAAGGAGUUAAACGACAGAUUGAAGUUGGAGUGGAUAGAGAAGAUGAAGUUGAUGUGGGAGGAAUUGAAACCGGAAUGGGAGGAGAAAUUAAGAAAGAAGCUGGAAAGAAAAUUGAAACCGAAGUGGGAACAAAAGUUGAGAACAGAGUGGGAAGAGAAAUUGAAGAACGAAAGCUUAGGAAAGCAUGAUGGAGCAGAAAAAUUGGGGAGCGAGGAUGAAGAGAGAUUAAGACAUGAAAUGAGAGCGAGGCUAACGGUGGAAGAACAAGAACUAAGAAAAGAAAUGGAACGAAGACUGGAGAAUAAAAGAGUGUUAAAACUUCAAAUCGAAGAAGGUGGAAUAAAAGAAGAGAAAGAAAGGCUGGAGGAGAAGAAGAGAACAGAAGAGGAACAACAGAGAAAAAGACUUGGUGAACAAAAAUUGGAAGAAAUGGCAGAAAGAGUGGAGGAAAUGUGCAGGGAAGAGCAAAGAUUGAAGAUGGAAAUGGCAGAAAGAAUAAAGGAAAUGUGCAGGGAAGAGCAAAGAUUGAAGAUGGAAAUGGCAGAAAGAAUAAAGGAAAUGUGCAGGGAAGAGCAAAUAUUGAAGGAAGAAGCAGCAGAAAGAAUAAAGGAAAUGUGCAGGGAAGAGCAAAUAUUGAAGGAAGAAGCAGCAGAAAGAGUGGAGGAAAUGUGCAGGGAAAAGCAAAUAUUGAAGGAAGAAGCAGCAGAAAGACUAUUCCAGGAUGAAGAAGAAUUGCUAAGGGAAAAAACUGCAAGAAAGCAAGAGGAAACGAUGAUACGGACAAGGAACGAAGAGUUAAUGAAAGAAAUGGAAGAAAAAAUCAAACAUGAGGAGCAAAGGUUGCGAGAGCAGAUGAUGGAUCGGUUAAAAUGUGAGAUGGAACGGAAGACACUGCUGGACAGCGAUGAACAGAGCGCGUUACAGGCACAACUGGAAGGAUUGACGGGAGAAAACAUGAAGGAAAGGCUGUUGAUAGAAGAAAAGAAUUUGUGGGGGGAGGUUUCAAUGCGAUUAAAGAGAAGGGAAGAAGAAAUGCAGAAAUCUCACAUAAGGAUGGAAAAUGAAAUGAUUGAGAAAAUAUUGAAAAUAGAGGAAGAAGAAACGCAAAAUAUGAUGAAGAGGUUAAAGAUGGAGGAAGAAAAACUGAGGACAGAGCUGAGAGAGGAAACGGAAAGAAUUGUGGAUGAGAACAAGAACUUGCGCGAAAAGAUAAAAGCUGAGAUAAUGGAAAUGACAGGAAUGAACAGGGGUGAAUUGAUGGGUGAAGGUACGUUAGGAGGAACGAACUGUCCAUCACGUGCACAGGAGACACAAUUUGAUAGGGGCAGAGCGGUGUUGAUGAAAAGUGAUAUGGCGCGGAUGAGAGAUGUAGCAGCGAAGUGGUAUGAAUUGGAAAAAGAAAAAUUUAAAAUAAAAAUGGAGGACGAGUUAGAGUUGGAGAUUGAAAUUCUGAGGAUUCAAAUGGAACAAGCGCUCAAGCAGGAGGAGCAUGACCUGAGGACUGAGUUUGAGGAAAGGCUGGGAAUGGAAGAGCAAAAGCUGACAAAACGAUUAACUGAGCUGGCUAAAGAGGAACAAGAGUUGAAACGCAGGUUGGAAAUAAUGUGCUGUGCACAACAGGAAGUACUUGAAAAAAAUACUGGGGAAGAGUUAGCGGAAGAAACAAAGCAAAAACUAACAGAGACAGGUGUUGCAAAGGAACAGGCUCAAAUGGAAGAAAGGGAUGAUGAACAAUACCAGGCGUGGUUGGCAAGAAUGGAAGAGGGAGUGAAAAGAGAAGAGGAGCGAUUGAAAAUAGAAAAGGAAAGGUUGGAACGAGAAGAUGAAAGGAUCAAAUCAAGAGAUAAGAUGCUGAAAAUGAACGAAGAAUGGUUAGAAAGAAGUGAGAAGCAGAAGAGUAAAGCAAAAGAUGCACAAGAAGCGGAUGAUAAAACGAAGGUAAAGGAGAGCAAAGGGAAAGAAGGCCGUAUGAAGGGCAUAAGAAGUUUAUUUGGGAUCAAUCAAUACAGGUAAUUAGAGGUACGGCCCAUGUUGAAGUAUUACACGUUUGAAAUUGGGCAGAAGUUUACCUUUUUAGUGUAAUUGCUUGGUCAACGUAAAUUAAUGUCUGUGAGCUGAGUCACUAAUUCUCAUUAACCC